GGCCGAGGCGGGAGUCUCGUUUGCAUAAUAAUAGAGGGGCGUGGCCAAGUGAGGAAGAGCGGCGGAGGGGCACCGGCAGGGUGGUGACCCGAGCGGUGCUGGUGAUCCCCUGCACCCAUGGCCCACAGCGCCAGGCAGCUGCCUGCUGGGAUGCUACAUGCUACAGGCAGAGCUCAGCAUGGAAGCUUCCUGGUGGCCAUCAAGCAGGAGAAGGGAGAGCUGGCGCGGACGAGUGGUGAGAAGCCGCAUGGCGAGGAGGAGCCAGUGAAGAAGAGGGGCUGGCCCAAGGGCAAGAAGAGGAAGAAGAUCCUUCCCAACGGCCCCAAAGCCCCUGUGACAGGCUAUGUGCGCUUCCUGAACGAGAGGCGUGAGCAGAUCCGCACCCAGCAUCCUGACCUGCCCUUCCCAGAGAUCACCAAGAUGCUUGGGGCUGAGUGGAGCAAGCUGCAGCUUUCAGAGAAGCAGAGGUACCUGGAUGAAGCAGAGCGGGAGAAGCAGCAGUACAUGAAGGAGCUGCGGGAGUACCAGCAGUCAGAGGCCUACAAGAUGUGCACGGAGAAGAUCCAGGAGAAAAAGAUCAAGAAAGAGGACGCAGGCUCUGCAGCAGUGAACACCCUGCUGAAUGGGCACCCACACAAGGCAGGCGAGUGCAGCGACACCUUCUCCACCUUCGACGUGCCCAUCUUCACCGAGGAGUUCUUGGACCAAAACAAAGCCCGGGAGGCUGAGCUGCGGCGCCUGCGGAAGAUGAACACCGAGUUUGAGGAGCAGAAUGCCAUCCUGCAGAAGCACACCGAGAGCAUGAACUGUGCCAAGGAGAAGCUGGAGCAGGAGCUGGCCCAGGAGGAGAGGCAGACCCUGGCCUUGCAGCAGCAGCUCCAAUCUGUGCGGCAGGCCCUCACUGCCAGCUUCGCCUCCCUCCCCAUCCCUGGCACCGGGGAAACCCCUACACUGAGCACCCUGGACUUCUACAUGGCCAAACUGCACAGCGCCAUCGAGAGCAACCCCCUGCAGCACGAGAAGCUGGUGGUGCGCAUCAAGGAGAUCCUGUCCCGCAUAGCCAGCGAGCACUUGUGAAGAGGACCAGUCCCUCCCGAAGCCUGGCGCCGGCCGGACCCAGCCCUGUCCCUUGGAGCUCAUGCAAGGGACAGUCUCUGCUGUUGGUCCGGCUGCUUCCCCCUCCACUCUGUGCACCUCACUGCAGAAGUGAGCUGGGACUCCCCACCCAGCCCUGGUGCAGCUGGGCCCCACGGCUGCACCAUCUCCAAGGACCUCCAACUUCUGGGGACCAAGUGCUGACAGUGCUGAGAGACUCCAGCCAGCACCGUGCUGGGUGAGGUGGCCAGCAGCAGCCAUGAGCAUCCCCCGGCUCUCCUGUGAGCUCCUGAGAUCCUGCAGCUCCACCUCCCAGAACGAGAGCCUCCCCAAAGGCUGUCAGUGGCAGAUGAGGUCCCUGCGGGUUACUUGCCUGGAGUGAAUUGGCCUCUUCCACAGUGCCCCUGAGGAGGCAGCUGGGAGCCCCUGAGGCUCAGUGCUGCCGCCCGGCCUGUGGAUCAGCUCAGUCCACGUCCAGCAAUGGGUGAGGUGGGAGGCAUCCUUCUGCCUGCCUCUUGCUUUAUUUAAUCUUCCUGCUUCCCCAUGGGUGCCUUCAGCCCCCUGCCUGUGUCACCUUGCUGUCCCUUCUGCCACCUCUGGGACCAAGCAGGGCAGCUCCGGCCCUCUGCAGCUGGUGAAGGCAAAAAGAUUCUUCAUGCCAGAGGGGGAGCUGGGGCUAACCCCUUCCUUCCCAGGGUGGGCAGUGCACAGACUUUGGGCUCCUGCCUUCCUGCCUGAGCCUGUCCUGCGUCAUGGGACCAUGGUGACGGCAGCCGUGUCUUGGCUGUGCUGUGCUGGGGUCAGCCAUCCCCUGGGCUGCCUGUCACUAAUCUCAGAUUGUGUAAUUAGAGAAUGUCUUAUUUUCUUACUAGCACUACUUGGAGCUGGCCCUGGGUUUAACCCAAGGCCAGCAUGCAGCCGCUUGUCUCUUGCCUGUGAGGUCUGUGCUCUAUAGAUGAGUCUCCUGGUUACCCUCUCCUGUUGGCCACUUGGCUUGGGAUAUGGAGAUGGGAGCAAAUAAAUGUG